CGCUGUGUCCCUUGGACACAGCGGAUCACGGAAAGAGCCGAAGAUGUCGUCUCGGUUAUGUGAUCAGCUGUGCCCAAUCACAGCUGAUCACAUGGGACAUGUACACUGAUCAUCAGGGUAGUGAUGAUCAGUGUGCCCUGAUGAUCAGUGUGGCCCCAGAAGUGCCACCUGUCAGUGCUCAUCAAUGCCACGUGCCAGUGCCACAUCAAUGCCACAUAUCAGUGCAUACCAGUGCACAUCAAUGCCACAUAUCAGUGCCCAUCUGAGCUGCCUUUCAAUGUCACCCAUCAGUGCCAAUCAGUGCCACCUAUCAGUGCUGCCAAUCAGUGCCACCUAUCAGUGCCAGUCAGUGUUGCCUAUCAGUGCCGCCUAUCAGUGCCAGUCAGUGCCGCCUAUCAGUGCCAGUCAGUGCCACCUAACAGUGCCAGUCAGUGCCGCCUAACAGUGCC